CAGCAGGGGACACCAGCAGGGGACACCAGCAGGGGACGUCGCUAGGCAGGAGGGAAAACAGGCGGGCGCAGGGCAGAGCAGCAGUAUCGUCGAUAAAAUCCUAGACCCACCCUUACUCUUCGCCCACUAUCGUCACAUAGCUGGCGAGAUCAUAUUCAACCCUGCUUCAGCCGUGCUGGGCCAAUCCGAGCCCGGUUCUCCCACCCCUCCGCCCAUUCGAGCGUGGGUCGACGGAAAAUCAAGAAAACACUGACCACUUAAUUGGUUGUUCGUUAAUCACCCCAUCCCGAAAGCCCGUCCGAAAACCCGCCCGAACUCGCCACCAUGACUCUGGCACCAGCUGCUCCUAUAAAGAUAGGUCGUGAUUUCAACCCAAGUCCCUCUGAAUUGGCGGAGAAGGCCCAAAUUACCACCACGGGCGACUCGACCAUCAGAGAAUCUAACGAGAAGGAGAUGGAUGCCGACGCAUCCAAGACCGAUCCCAAGGCGAAGAAACGUGGUCUGUUCGGCUUCGGGAAGAAGAAGGCGGACCAGAAACCCGCCCCCAAACCCCAGCCCAAGUCCGGGCCGGGACUGCCGGCUCCGUCGCCGUCCACCAAGGAUCUGCCACACCCGUCGCUGACGCGCGCGACUACCGCGUCGCCGACGCAAGCCGGUAGCCCUAGAAUCACGCCGUCUUCGCCGAGCCGCGGCCUGUACUCGUCGUCGCCGCGAUUAAGCUCCCCGGCGGGAUCGCAGAUCUUCGAGCGAGACGUCCAAGAGAGCACCACCAUUAUACCCAACUCACCCGCCAUCCCCUCCCACAUCCAAACCGAGAACUACAUCCCUCCCGUCCUCGACGCGUCCUCCGAAGCCAUCACAGACGACCGUCUGAACCCCGACUCCGUCGAGAUUAUCACGCAUAAUUCUCACCAGCCCGCCAGCGUCACGGUGGGCGGCGCGCCGCCGUAUGACAGCAUUCCCGGUUCGUGGAGCGAGGAUCUGGCCGCCUCCUCGGACAGGGAGGAAUCGGCCUCGAAUUACGGCUCGCUCGACUCGACCGACGUCCGGCGGCUGAGCUUCAUAUCAUUCGCCGACGUCGUCCAGGCCGAACAGAUCCCUCCCAACAGCAGUCGCGACUCGAUGCAUGUCGCCGGUCUCACUUCGUUAAGCUCGAUGGGAGUCAACCGCUCGCCGUCGCCGAUAAGAUCGCCGGUAUCGUCACAAGGACCAGAGACAUCGCCGCCGAACAGCAUCUCCGGAUCCAUCAAGGGGUUGAGCAUGUCUCCCAGCAGGAAACCGCUGGCGAGCCCGACGAGCGCGGCGGACCACAACCUGUCGGUGAACGGGGAAUUCAACAUAGAGACCAUGUCGCAGGCGCUAAGGCGGACGGCCAGCACCGACCUCAGCCUGUCUCGGAGCCUCCCCAUAAGCCCCAUCGAGGGAUCCCUGCGAUAACUCGGCACCCCAGAGGGCGCUGUCAAGCCUCGCCUUGAGCGAAGUUCAAUAGCUACAUGACGGAAUCGCAGUAGUGCGGACUCCCCGGGCUGGCUUGCUCAAAAUUUCGGC